AUGUAUUUCGGUUUACAGUAUUGCUCUAUUCAGGAUAGUAACAUCAAUGUUGGCUUGCCGAUUUUCACGAUUCAUGGAAAUCACGAUGAUCUCACUGGCAAGGGUCUAACAGCGUUGGAUGUGUUGCACGAGUCCGGCCUGAUCAAUUUAUUUGGUAAAUUUGAAGAGAUUGAUAAAUUUGUCGUUUCACCAUUACUGCUGAUGAAAAACGAAACAAAACUGGCACUGUAUGGUAUUGGCAGUCAACGGGAUGAUCGUCUCUGCCGGGCUUUCCGAGAGGAGGAAAUCCGUUUUUUGCGGCCCAGAGAAGAUCCGGAAUCGUGGUUCAAUAUCCUUGUGCUUCAUCAAAAUCGACCUGUAAGGACACGAGAACGAUCCACCGGAGGACAUGUGCCGGAAAAUCUUAUUCCCUCGUUUUUCGAUCUGGUCAUUUGGGGCCACGAACAUGAAUAACCUCAAUAUUACGAAAGUGGCUUGAAUGUGAGUGGCGACGGUAAGUAG